UUAUUGAUUUAGUUAGUCUUUUUAUGUUUCUGCGGGUGGCCUUCCUGCUGGUACUAGAAUUUUUUGUAGGUUAUGUUCGAUGGAAAAUUAUUUCCCGGUAUUGCAAUACAGUAAUUUUCUCUUCAAUGGCAAGUAGUCAUGUAAAUUAGAAUGAGCAAAUACUAUUAUUUAGACAUUUCCUUGAGGUUGCACGAUAAUCCCGACUAUGAACUAACAGUCGUGUAUUUUAAGAAACACAUAAUCGGUGCAGUGUCUGAGUUAUUUGGAGAAGCUGCAACUUGUAUAGACAUAGACGUUCUAAAGUACAAUUCAUUAACUCGACGUGGUAUAUUAAAAGUACCCGCCGAAUACUACGUGAAAAUUCGUAGUAGUUUAACGCUGUGUGGUAGUUUUAAUAACGUCAUUUGUUCCUACAAGAUUCAUAAGGCUAGCCCACUUUUGCUGAAUCUGCAGGGUGACAGUAGAGAAUACGAGCAUUGA